AUGAUGAACGUUUUCUACCAAAAAAAAAUCAACAAUAUCUACGCUCCGGUUCAACCCGCCGAGCGCCUCCUCUUCUUCACCUCCCUUCACUUACGGGCGACCGUCUCCUCUCACAUUCGGUUCAUCGCGGGCGAUCUCAACGACUGCCCUAUUCCCGCGGUGGAUCGAGCGCAACAGGUGGACCGCCCGAACACCCACCACUGGCCCGUGCUUAUGUCUCGGCUCGACGGGGUGAACACGGAUGCCAUUCGGCUCAUGCACCCACUGUCGCCGGCGACCACGCGCCCGCAUCUCAGAUCUCAGCAAGGACGGUCGGCUCAUUUCGCGCGCGCGCAUCGACUUUGUGAUGGUGCAGCGGCGGCACGAGCGACGGAUCGUCUCUGCUUCUACUUUGUACAAUAUCUCUCGAUCCAUGUCGGAUCAUCGACCGGUUACGGUCACAUUUCGGCUUCGCGCAAGUGGUGCCGAGGUCGAAGAGGAGCUCCGCCUUCCCGAGGCGGCUUAUUUUCUGACCCGCAUCAACUCGUCGACCUUCAAACACGCCGAUUUUAAGGAGUUCGUCACUCCUCUCCUUGAGCAAGCACCGUCUGGGGAUCCGGUCGCGGACCUUCAGCGCGUACUCUCGGAGUCUCGGGUCCAAGCUCUCGAGCUGUCUCGGCGUCUGUAUCGGGAGCGCAACGCCCUCGAGAUGAUGCUGGUAUCUCGACUGCAGGAUAUUGAGUCUCGUCAGGUGAUGAGCCCCUUUGACGUCAUCGACUGGACGAACACCCACGACGCUCUCUCCAAGCUUGUGAACGAGCGAGCAAGGCAGUCCCGGAUCAGGGCGCAUGUGCCCGAGAUUGCAUCCGAGGAACGUCUCAGUCGUCCGGUACAUGCCAAACUGGCUGCUCGGUCUCGGGAUGUGAAGUUUCAGAGUAUACGGCUCGCUGAUGGCGAGCUCACCACUGACAUUGAGCGCGCGCUCGAGCACACCCAUUCUCAUUUCCAGCAACACUACCUUGUCGAAGCGAAGGAUCCGGAACAGGUCGCGACGAUGCGGGAUGAGCUCUUGGGACCCAUCAGAUCAGCAAGACCUUGUGACGACCCGCUUUCCGGCGCUCGCUUCCUUCGGCGCUUCUCGAAUUCGCACGUCGACAUUCUGGCCGAGCCCAUCAGCGAAGCCGAGGUGCUCGCAGCGAUUCGAACCACGCACGAAGGUCGAUCUCCGGGGCCUUCAGGGGUCCCCUAUGAGAUGUAUCGAGCCUGCCCCUUGCUUUGGCCCCCUCUCUUGACUCGAGCCUACAACGAGCUGAUUACUCGAGGCUCCCUUACUACACAACAGAGCCAGGCCAAUGUGCGCCUCUUGUUCAAACACAACAAACCUGGUGCAGCGCGGUGCGACCUCAAAUCGUAUCGUCCGAUCACCUUGCGGGAAUGCGACUACAAGAUCUUCACCAAGAUCUACGUGGCUCGUCUGAACCGGAUCCUCCCCGAUGUUCUUCCGGCCGGACAGCAUGGGUUCGUCAAGGGGCGAAGACCAGCGGACGCGGCUUUGCAUCUGAGGCUCCUGAUCGACGAGAUUAGGGGUCGUGGGGCAGAGUUCCCGACAGCAGCGCUCCUCUCCCUGGAUCAGAGCUCGGCUUACGACAUGGUCGAGCACGAUUGGGUCUUUGCGGUGUUUGAGGCUCUCGGCGCGCCGGAAUCUUUCCAGCGCGUCUUGCGGAUGCUCUACAACGGCGAGACGUCCACAGCGCGGUAUAUUGUCAACGGUUUCCUCACCGAGACGAUACGACUCCUGUGCGGUCUUGGCCAGGGCGAUCCUCUCUCUUCUUCUGUCUGGGAUAUGGUGUUCCAACCCUUUCUUGAUUCUCUCAGUCGGCGCAACAUUGCGCUGACUAUCACUCUUCCGGAGCUGGCUCCUCGUCCGCAGACUCGAUGCAUCACCAAUUUGGCGUUCGCGGAUGACGCCGUCGUCGCUGUCGCUGGACCGGAAGCUAUUGCUUCGCUCGAGGCGUUAGCUCGGGAUUGGCGACUCGCGACGAACGGCCGUCUAAACACCGACAAAACCGUGGUGAUGCCAUUGGGCGCGACGUUGUGGGAUCGCGCGGACUUGUCCAAACUGUCGUUCGUGGCACCGAACGAGUCUCUUCCCUGGAUCGGUCUCCAGUUUGCGCCUGACGGCAACAACAGGCUGGGAUUCCAUGAUCUUGAGCGAAGGGCCGAUCGAGUGAUUCUAUCGGUGCGCGACCGAUGGAUGACGCACCAUACCCGGGCUUUCUAUCUCAACCGCUACGGCAUUUCCAAGGUGCUGCACUCUCUCUCCGCCGACAUACCGCCAUCCGACGUGAUCAAGGCGAUCGAGCGCAAGCUUGCUGACUUUGUGAAGGGAGGACCGCGGCGCAGCGACUACAAGCAAUCGGUCGUCUUCACGGCACGGGCGCGAGGUGGUCUCAGCGUCGUGAGCAUCCAAGCUGUGGUAGAUUCAGUCUCGGUACGGAUCUGGGACGUGCUGGCCGGCGGGUCAACUGCGAUUUGGGGCGAUCUGGCUCGGAGUUCCAUCCGGCGAGCGCUUCCGACCUUUGACCUUGCUGCGGAUCUGUGGACGUGGAGGAACGCCGACGCACCCCGGGAGCUACAUCCCGCUGGCGAGCGGUGCUCUCGGUCGCUGAACGCUACUCUGCCGUCGUCGAUCCUGCCAAACUUUCGGUCUCCAAUUUUCUUUCUCUUUCCCCCCUCCAACCGGGUCUGCAUGACUCGCGGGCGUCCUCGGAGCAGGAUAAGCGUUUGGCGAAGCUUUUCAGUUUCGAACGCACCAUCGCUGACAUCUAUGCUCGAGCCCAAUACCCCGCAGCUCCAACGGUGCCCUGGACCCCUGAGAAGCAUCCCCAAGGCGACGGCUCGGAGCUGUCCAACCUUUGGCAAUGGAAGCGCGAUCAAGUCCAGGCGUGGAUCCAGGUCGCAGGCGAUCGCUUCAUCCCGCCGCUUCCGCCUCCUGUUCCCGUCCUCGCACGUCGACCACCCUUCAUUCGUGUCGUUGGAGCACCUGGAGCCCGGCCCGGCGGUCCCCUCGAGCACAUCUUGCCCAGAGCGACUCCGGUCGGCAUGCCUGAUCAAAAACUUCCCCUCCCCUCCGCCCCCUUGCGUGCUGAUCAGUGGAGAAUGUUGAGCUUGGACAGACCUUACACCAUUGCGCGACUUCGACGUGUCAUCAACCAUCGACGUUUCGACGACACACAACGCCCUGGAUCACUCGCCACACCCAAAGAAAGGCGACUCUUCUGGGGGUGGUUCAAUACCGGGCCCGCCACGGCUCGCGAGCGCGAGGUGCUCUUCAAGCUGGCGUACCACUUCACGCCAACGCGGAAGCGUCAGUUUGUGCAGCGGCAUGGCGACUCAGCCUGCUGCCUUGUGCAGGCAUGCAGCCUGGCAGGGGUGGAGGAUGACUUUAUUCACUUUUGGCAUGAUUGCCCUGACUCUUCUCAAUUUUGGCAAGCAGCUAGGUCCAUUCUCUGCGACGCGCUGGGGGUCGUGUCGAUCCUCGACCUCGACUACACGGCACUUCAGAUCGAGCACGGCCUCCCUCGACUGCGCGCUCGCCUUCCGGCGUCGAAAAAGCGCCCAAUCCGCGCCUUCAUUGCGCUGGCGCUCGACACUCUCAGCAAACGACGCUGGGAUCUCCAUCGCCACGCCAGAGCGAUGUCGAGCAUGGACAAGGAGAUGGCCGGACUGAAGGAGAGGUUGGAGCUCAGAUUGGCACGAUGA